UUCCCACGAUCAGGUUCCCUAGAGAAUUCUUAAUUUUGAUGUCCAAUUUUUUUUUAUCGUCAGAUUUCAGAAGUGUCGACAGCCUGGUUUUACUGUUUGCUUUAGAUGUUGAAGUAAUUAAGAAGGAAAUCAAGCGUUGCAGGAGAUUAACAGCCUCGAUCCUAAGUGUUCAUAAAUUAGGACCGGCUCCUCCUGUCUGUAACCCCCACAGGUCCGUUGUUGCCAUAGACCUCUCCCUAAUUGCAGUUCCAGUCUUAAUCAGCGCUUCUCAUGGGGAAACACACCUACCCAUGUUACGCUCGGGUACCAACAAAAAAAAAGGAAACGCAUCUACACGUGUGUAUUUCAGAAACCUUUGAACAACAGUGGAGCACUGUUGGUCUUUUCUUCCAUUUUUCUCUGCCUCGCCUGUAAGCGACAAUCCCCCGCCCCCCAUAAUAUCAAGGCGCUAGCUGCGCACCCCUAUCUCCAUGGCACCUCUACCGCCGCCGGAGAAUCCGGCGCCUCCAGGCUGGAGCGCUCGAGUGGGAGUGCGCAGGCGCGCCCAGCCGGGGAGCCCGCAGUUUACAGAGCAGCGAGCGCCAGUGGCACUGUCAGAGAGCCUCGACCAGCCACGGCGCAGCGCGUUACCAUGAGCUACUUCAUCCCACCGACAGAUACCUACCCCGACUGUUCCACUACCACCGCCAGCUUCAGCACAGCCUGCGACCCUGACCGACGCUGCCCGACCGCAGGAUGCCCGGGGGAAAGAGAGGGCUGGUGGCACCGCAGAACACUUUUUUGGAAAAUAUUGUCAGGCGCUCAAGUGAAACCAGUUUCCUUCUCGGGAAUGCCCAGAUUGUGGAGUGGCCUGUAGUGUAUAGUAAUGACGGAUUCUGCAAACUGUCUGGGUACCACAGGGCUGAAGUCAUGCAGAAAAGCAGCACCUGCAGUUUUAUGUAUGGUGAGCUGACUGACAAGAAGACAAUAGAAAAAGUCAGGCAGACCUUUGAUAACUAUGAGUCCAAUUGCUUUGAAAUCCUGCUGUAUAAGAAGAACAGGACACCUGUCUGGUUCUAUAUGCAGAUAGCACCCAUAAGGAAUGAAAAUGACAAGGUGGUUUUGUUUCUGUGCACUUUUAAAGACAUCACCGUUUUCAAGCAACCGAUUGAAGACGAGUCAACCAAAGGAUGGACCAAGUUUGCUCGUUUGACGCGAGCGCUGACGAACAGCCGCAGUGUCCUACAGCAGCUCACGCCCAUGAACAAGGCCGAGGUGAGCCACAAGCACUCCCGGCUGGCCGAGGUUCUUCAGCUUGGAUCGGAUAUCCUUCCCCAGUACAAGCAGGAAGCGCCGAAGACGCCGCCCCACAUUAUUCUGCACUAUUGUGCUUUUAAGACUACAUGGGACUGGGUGAUCCUCAUCCUGACCUUCUACACAGCCAUCAUGGUUCCUUACAAUGUGUCCUUCAAGACCAAGCAGAACAAUAUCGCCUGGCUGGUUCUGGAUAGCGUGGUGGACGUUAUCUUCCUGGUGGACAUUGUGCUGAAUUUUCACACCACCUUCGUGGGGCCCGGUGGGGAGGUCAUUUCGGAUCCCAAGCUGAUCCGCAUGAACUAUUUGAAAACCUGGUUCGUCAUAGACCUGCUGUCCUGCUUGCCAUAUGACAUCAUAAAUGCCUUUGAGAAUGUGGAUGAGGGAAUCAGCAGCCUGUUCAGCUCCCUGAAGGUGGUCCGGCUGCUCCGCCUGGGCCGCGUGGCCCGGAAGCUGGAUCACUACCUGGAGUACGGGGCGGCCGUGCUGGUGCUGCUGGUGUGCGUGUUCGGGCUGGUGGCGCACUGGCUGGCCUGCAUCUGGUACAGCAUCGGGGACUACGAGGUGAUCGACGAGGUCACCAACACCAUCAAGACGGACAGCUGGCUCUACCAGCUGGCCAUGAGCAUCGGCUCCCCGUACCGCUACAACACCAGCGGCUCGGGCCAGUGGGAGGGGGGGCCCAGCAAGGACUCCCUGUACAUAUCCUCCCUCUACUUUACAAUGACCAGCCUGACCACUAUUGGAUUUGGAAACAUCGCUCCAACCACCGAUGGGGAGAAGAUCUUCUCUGUGGCCAUGAUGAUGGUGGGCUCUCUCUUGUAUGCAACAAUUUUUGGGAAUGUCACCACCAUCUUCCAGCAGAUGUACGCCAACACCAACCGGUACCACGAGAUGCUCAACAACGUGCGGGACUUCCUCAAGCUGUACCAGGUGCCCAAGGGCCUCAGCGAGCGCGUCAUGGAUUACAUCGUGUCCACCUGGUCCAUGUCGAAAGGCAUCGACACGGAGAAGGUGUUGUCUAUCUGCCCCAAGGACAUGCGGGCUGACAUCUGCGUGCACCUCAACCGCAAGGUCUUCAAUGAGCACCCUGCCUUCCGGCUGGCCAGCGACGGCUGUCUGCGCUCGCUGGCCGUGGAGUUCCAGACCAUCCACUGCGCUCCUGGGGACCUCAUCUACCACGCUGGCGAGAGUGUGGACACGCUGUGCUUCGUGGUGUCGGGCUCCCUGGAAGUCAUCCAGGACGACGAGGUCAUCGCCAUCCUGGGAAAGGGCGAUGUUUUCGGUGACGUGUUCUGGAAGGAGACCACCCUGGCCCACGCCUGUGCCAACGUGAGGGCGCUGACCUACUGCGACCUGCACAUCAUCAAGAGGGAGGCCCUGCUGAAGGUGCUGGAGUUCUACACCGCCUUCGCCAACUCCUUCUCCCGCAAUCUCAUCCUCACCUGCAACCUCCGCAAGAGGAUAGUUUUCCGGAAGAUCAGCGACGUCAAGAAGGAGGAGGAGGAGCGGCAGAGGCAGAAGAACGAGGUGACCCUAUCCAUCCCGGUGGACCACCCGGUGAGGAAGCUCUUCCAGAAGUUCAAGCAGCAGAAGGAGCUGCGCAACCAGGGCUCCUCGCAGCACGACCUGGAGAAGAACCAGCUGCAGGUGGAGCACCACCUGCGCCCCCGCCAGCAGCCUCUCCAGUGCCCGCACGUCAUGCAGAACGGGGCCCCCACCACGGGCAGCAGCGUCGUGACUGUCUCCCAGAUCACCCCCAUCCAGAACUCUCUGCUCUACGUCAAGACCAGCGAGCCCAGCAAGCAGAACAACCGGGACAUCAUGGAGCUCAAACCCAACGGCGUGAGCGACCAGAACUGCCUCAAGGUCAGCAGCCCCAUGCGGGCAAAACCCGCCAGCAACCGGGGGUGGAUGCGCCUCAGGAACAACAUGGCGGCAUUCCCGGGGGCCGGGGAGGAGAAGAAGGAGGAGUGGAACAAUGUCACCAAGGCGGAGUCCAUGGAGCUGCUCUCCGAGGACUCCAAGAGCCAGGAGGCAGAUGGCGGAGGGGGAAAGAAGAACCCCCUGCGCAAAACAGACUCCUGCGACAGCGGGAUCACCAAAAGUGACCUGAGGAUAGACAAGGCCGGGGAGGUGCGCAGCCCCCUGGAGCACAGCCCCGUCCAGAUGGAGGUGCGGCACCCCUUCUACCCCAUCCCCGAGCAGGCCCUGCACACCACGCUGCAGGAGGCCAAGCUCGAGCUCAAGGAGGACAUUCAGUUGCUUAGCAACCGGAUGGCAACCUUGGAGGCUCAGGUUGGCGAGAUUUUGAAACUGCUCUCCGAAAAGAGAGGGACACCCCAGACUUCUACCCCUAAAACCAAAAUCAAAUGCCAGGAUAUUUUCACCGUCUCCAGGCCCGUCACACCUGACUCGGAAAAGGAUGAUGUACAGUUUUGAAUCCGCUCAUUUAUUUAUUCCUUAUUUAUUUGCAUUUAUUUUCUCUUGCGGACGCAGGAAGAAAAAGAAAUACAUAUAUAUAUAUAUUUUCUGUAAAUACCUAUUUGCAUGUCCAGCUGGAUUCUGGCCUGCCAAAGAAAAAUAUUCGAGAUCGUGUUUGCUUGUAAAUUAUGCAGUUGACUGCAUGCAAGAUAAAGGGAAUUUAUAGCUCUACACCUUAUACCUGGGUACUAGAUUGUUUUCAUAAUAUGUUCAAUGGAAAAUUCAGGGGCUGAGCUGAGGGGAGGCGAUGAGCCAGGUCUGUUGCACACCUCCAGCACAGUGAGAAUACUCUUUCCUUCCUCAGUGUACUGGAGCGACUGCACUGCUGAGUUAAGUGCAAAACAGUAUCGAUUCUCGGCUCAAUUGUGCUAAACACUAUAUGACUUUGCUUUAAACAAUUGUGUACAAAUGCUCAGCUCAGGGUUCUUUCAAUGGACUCUGAAUGCAGUCCACAUUGUUGUGUCAUGUUGAUAUUGACAUGCUGGAAGGGAAAGGAAAGUUUAGCGUCUUAGUUCAUUUUCAUUACAGCUCCUGUGAUUUCCAUGCACUUGAGGUAAUCCACCUGGGAUUCUUUUUUGCUAACUUUUUUUUUGGUUCAUAAUGGUCUACAGGGUUACCAAGAGUUGUUGUGUGUAGAAAUAAGGGAAGCAGAAGAGAUCCCCCUGUUAAAGCCAUAUCUACUAGAUGAAACAGGAAUACUGUUACAGUCUCCUUUAUAAGGCUUAGAUUCCAAGCGUAUAGUGAGCUUGUGAUCUUGCACAGAACAAUUUGUCACAUAUUCAACUAAAUCUUUCACUGUACUCAUUUAUUAACAUAUUGUUAAGAGGAUGGCCUUAAUUUAUUUUCUGUUAAGAAGAUGUUGCAGGGAAGUUGAUCUAAACCUUCAGCAAUCAUCCCAUGGGAAUCCUUAUAUCCUGAACAAUAAAAAAGAAGUGGAAAUUUAUAGGCACUUCUGAUAAAAGGAGAAUCUUAAUGCAUAUUAAAAAAAAGCUUUGACAUUGGGAUUCGACAUUGGGAUUAAAGGAUGCACUGCAGCACCACAAAAGGGCUUGCAGUGCUUCUGUGUUAGUAAGUCAGUAAGUAAGCUGACAUUUGUCAAAACUGCUCUCAGUCCACAGUUAGAGACAACACACUCUACCUUCUCGAUGAAAUUUUGGAUUUCUGAGUGGAGAAACCAAAUAGGAGCUGAAAAAAUGUAAAAAUGUGAUAGGAAAUGAAAAGCACAAGCUUCCAUUUAAAAGGGGGAAAAGAUGACUAGGAAUAUUCUGUCUAUAAGAUAUUCUGACAAUAACAGAUAGCAACAAACAGAUGCAACAAUAGGGCCAAUAACUUGUUCACAAUAUAUAAUUUUAUUAGGUUGAAAGAAUAAAUUGCAAAGUGACAAAGUCACUGGGCAUGGACUGAUUAUACUUCUUUCAUCAUGACCCUCACAGUAACUUAGCAACUAAAACAUUAACUAUAUGAAAAAACAGUUUACAGUAGGUCCAGAUGUACAGCAGGGAACCCCAGGAAAGAUCUUUGUUUGUCCUGCUUCAGAGGGUGUAUUACCGACCCUAGAUUGUUACAUCUCAAUUGCAUUGCCAGGCAGAGCAUUUGUGCUGCACUGCAUUCAUCUAGUCAGAGCUACUAGUCCAGCAACUUAACUCAGCAUUGCAGGGGGCCACUCCCAUCCAGAGGAGAACUUAUUGCAUGCUUUGAAGUGUUCAGUACUUAUGAAUUGUAAAAAAAAUGCCAAUGAUGUAUAUUUCUAUUAUUUUCAUGUACAGGAAAGAAAGAUUGAACUGCAGGUCUGCCUACUGUACGUCAUGUGAAUGCAGUGAGCACUGAAUUUGUUUAGCACUUUUCACAGUACGUGAGGUCAACUUUCCAUUCCCGAGAAGAGAUGUUUUGGGGGUGUGGUAUAAUGGAGUGUUCGUUUCUAACACACUAGCACGAAUACAGAACAGCCAUUGGAGCUGAACUUGUCUAUUUUUGGUGCUUAGACACUUUCAUGAACUUUUGCACCAUAUUUUAUAUUUUGUGACGAAUCUAUAUAUACAUAUUUAUGUAUCUAAUAUAUAGAGACAAAAAUGCAAAUAAUUUUUCAAGCGAAGUAAUAAAAAUUUAUUGUGCUAAUACUGAUUUAUUUUAAUGACUUGUCCAGUCUUGAAUUGCCUUGUUCUUUAAUCAGAGUGUGGAGUGGCUAAUGUUAUUUAUAACUAACCUCACAGUUCUGAUGCUUUUCAAGCUGGUGUCCUCUUUUACUGUUUAUCAGCGAACAAGGUGACAUUAAUGGAUAAGGACACUUAUUUUUGUAUGUACUGUGGUGGUUUUGAAUUGCUGAACAGGUGUGGUCGAAUUCUCACAGCCUAGGAUUAAAACUGCUCUGCCAGAAUGAAUAGAUGCACAAGCACACCAGUUUCUGCAGAGCCUCAGCCACGUGAACCCAAACCCCAGGUGUGGAUCCAAAGGAGGAUAGUCACUUUUUGCUAUUUUAUAAAUCACCCACUGCUUUUUUAUAUGAAUUAUACACCUCUUCAGUUUGGGAUCAUCGAUUGCUUUAAGACUCCACUCUUGUGCCACAAUUCCCGAAUCAGUAUUAAACACGCAGACUCCCACCUGCAGAGUCACGCAUCAUUUCCCACUUGGCAAGGUUCCACAGCGCCCAGCGUAAGUGCCAGUGCCUAACGGAGGAGCAGCGUCUCCCUGCGAAGCAAGCAAACUAACCAGUGCUCGUUGUUGCAACAAAGGCAGAGGAUACUGGCCGACUAACCCUAACCCUACUGGUGCUGAGACAGUCCUGCAGCACGACGCUGGCACUCCUGGUCACAGCUGGCUAGAGACAUGACCUGGGGUCUAAUUAGUGACAGCUAGGACUUUUCACUCAACAUCUGGAGUGCAUGGUAGACAUGGUGGAAGCGCCCAGGAGCCUCCCAUCCUGGAUGCUGUCCAGCGCUGUCAACGGGGAGUCAUGUUCUCUGUGGGGGCCACACCAGCCUCAGCCUGCCCACCCAGUCCAGACCUCCUUCGCCCAGCUACGCCCCAGGGAGCCUCACCCAAGCUGAACAACUCGGCCCUUGCCGAUUUGGCUCCGGGUGCUAAAUGUUAAAGCUGUUCACGGGUAUUGUCACUCGAUAAAAACGGUGCGGAAAAAACCUCGGUUCUGUUAGGAAGCCGGUCCUCUUGAAAAGACAGUUGGGACACUCAGGAUCUCCAAAGGGGACGGAUGUGUCUCUCUCUCUUCCGCUCCACGUCCCGAGGUCCCACGGGUUCAGCCGCUGAGCCGUCUCAGGGCCGGAGCUGGAGGAGAGGGCGCUCCUGUGGAGCGAAGAUGGGAGAACAGACAGAAUAAUCACCCUGACUCAAAAACUCCAAAACUCAGAGCCUUUCUGGCCCCUCCCCAUCCAUGGCAGGAGGCCGUUCUUGAUCAUCGCCAGUCGUGAGUGGAACAUACAGCAGCCCAGUACUCUCCAAAGCAAGGUUUUUUUCUAAGGGACAAUGGUAAUAUAGUACCAUUCCAGCACAAUAUGAAUAUACAGAUUUUCCUUUUUUGUGUUUUGAUCUUUACAGAAUGACUGUUUUUCACAGAAUCAAAUGAAUGCACCUAAUGUUGCAAAAAACAUGACCAGUUCAGACUGAUGUUUGAUGCGCUUAUGUUAGUAGGCCACUUUUAAAACAUAGACUCAGGUGUAUUAAAGAAAAACUUCAGGGCCAAAUGAAGAGGGUUUCUAUACUGAGGAUAUCUAAGGAGUUUUUUGAGACUUGGAAAAAAAAGCGUGUUUUUUUUGCGUCAGCGAGCUGGAAAAAAAAUGUUGUUUUGAGCUUAUUUUUCGUCUCUGCUUUUUUUCAAACAAACAGGUUUUAAAUGCAUUUUCUGCAGAGAAGAUCUGAAUACAGCUCACCCAUUACCUUUCUCUGGCUAUCGUGUAUGGGUGCCAUAUGCUGCAGAGAACAUCUGCUCCUCUAAUAACUUGUAUGUAGCUGUCUGGAUCCUGUGCUGUAUCCAAUUGGAAAGGAACUCAUUCUCAUUAAGGAAGAAGCAGCCUGCAAGAUCUUCAAUUUGUCACUUCCAUGCAGAUUUUUUGAUGCCAUAGUUCAUCUCUAAAGGGGUGGGCCGAGUCUGCUCCACCCAGCAGAGAAGUGCACUGGGCACAGGAGAAUAAGCAAUCUGCUCUUGCCUUCUCUGCCUCAUACUGCGACUGGGGCGAGUUGGUAGGGGCUGAAAGCCCCAGCUUGCUUUUCUCGGGCGUUUAUUCUGAGAAUUGUGAUGUCAUUAACUAUGCAACACUUUUGAUGCAAUCAGAGGGGGAGACAGUAGCUGAACAAGACCAGGGUAUUCAAUCUGGGCUUCUAGUAGAACUGCCUGACCUCUGCACAGCCGUUAGCUCUCCCAGAGGGAGCUGCAGGGUGAGGGUUAGGAGACCCUCUUCUUCUCUUAGGCUGUGUGGGAUUUCGCUGCCCUCGUGCUGCAUGUUGGCACCUUUCCUAUUUCUGUGUGCUUUGGACAAGUGUGUACCUGAGCUCAGGUGUUCUGGAAUGUAAAAUAACUUGUUCAAUACAAACGUCAUCUCUCCAGCAGAAUAUAUUUUGUAUGAAAGAAUGUACUACAGAGAUGAUGUAAAAGAUGUAAAAGAUGUUAAAGAACACAUUCAAAAAGUUUCUGUUUUUUUUUUUCUGAUGGUAUGCGUUUUCUGAAGUCUGCCUUUAUACAGAUUGAACGUGUUUGGGUUUUCUACGCCCAACAGGAUAAGGAAUUCGAAUUGUAUGCAGGCUGGUUGUGCAUUUCCUCUGCAUCUCCAACAGCCAGAAUGUGAGGGUUAAGAUGACUGUGAAAGAGGCCAAGUUUGAAAUCCUACUCGUGCAAUGCUGUGAGGGUUAUGGUGUACAGAACUUAAGGACAUUUAAUAGCGAAAAAAAGAAUGUUGUGUCACAGCCACUUGAAUCUGUAGUACAUUUCAUUGGUCAGGUAAUCUUUACCUAUAUGCAGCUGUUCAUCACAGAUUGUCAUCGGCAUGUAAAUGUACAGUUAAUUUCUGGUUUACCUGCCCAGGUAAUCUUUUACAAUGAAAACAGAUAGAAGGCUACUUUGAGGAAGAAUAAGAGAACUGUCAUGUUUUUUUAGUGUACUGUAAGUACGAUAUAGAAUUUACUACAGAUCACCUCAGAGCUUAAUUGGACCUGCAGCAAAACCUUUUAAAAAAGAGUGUUAUGAUUUUGGGAAGGUUGAAACCUUUUCUCAACAACCUGACAUUCUGGAAGCUAAUGUAUUUUACUAGUCGAAAAGACCAAGUAUCAGCACAAUAAAUUAAUGUCCACGAAAUAAGUCUUAUUGUAUUUUUGUUUUAUUAUUUUUGUAUUAUUCUUAAAGGUUGUGUUUUAAACCACUGAGAAAAGCCAUCUCUGAUGGAAAUAAUUGACUAUGAAUUGCAUGAUAUACAAAAGCCUUAUACAGUACAACAUACAAACAUGUAUGAGACUUUUUUAAGUGAAAACAUGC